UCCUUAACAAUGGUACUGUUAUUAGAUACAUACCACACUAAGUCUAACGGUUUUACAACUUUUACUUUUAACAACUGAAAAUCUACCUCUCGCUGAUGAGCAAUUAUAAACAUGAAGUAUUCCAAAAGUAUUAUUUACUCGGUUGGCUUUCCCGUUUUUUACCUCUUUCUCUGAUCUGACCAUGCGUUGAAGCAUGGCACUGCCUAGCCGUAACAAUUACGAUGGAUAUUCCUUUCUUGUCGUUCUCUAUCGUUUAUCGUGCCGCUUUAUCCCCAAAUAGCAAUAUGCAAACUGCCACCUGAACUGCGUAUUUCAGAUUGGUGGAUUUUUAUCUGUUGUCAAAUCAGCCGUCUGCAGUUAGUAUUGUCUGAGGGUUGCGAAUACGUCUCUUCGUUAACGUAUCGUUUUCCGGAAGAUGUCGGCCGUUACCCGGGGAUCGGUCCGUUCCAGUGCCGCCUCGAGUGGCAACUCCACGGGCGCCAGCGGCAGAUCUUCCGCCACAGCCACUGGAAGAUCAUCUGCCGCAAAUAGUGGCAAACCUUCCGCUGCAACCAGUGGAAAAUCUUCCGCUGCAACCAGUGGGCAAACUAGCGGUCAAGGAUCUUUAAAUUCCGGCAGCGCAAGGCGAUCUACGAGCACCGGUCGCACAGCCGUUAACGGGUCUAUCAUCAGCCAGCAGAGCACGAUGUCUCCUGCAUCGGAAAUUAAACGCUCAUCGGUGGCCUCCAUACCAUCGCCGUUGCAGGAUGCCGAUCACAAAACUUCAGGGAAGUCAUCUGGGCGGAGUUCCUCUAUCAGCCGACGGCCGUCAGGACCGGAGUCGCUCUACACGCCAACACCGGAGUCGGAAGAGUUACGCGCCACUUUGCUGAUGGAUCAAGUUCGCAGCUCACUGGAUCGAGCGGCGCGAACCAGCGGCAACACAGGUGGCUCAGCCCGGUCAUCGCGUUCGGGACGCAAGAGUUCCAGCGGAAUAGCGCCCGGUGGAUCUUUCAUAACAGCCGUUCAAGACGAAAGAUCAAGUCUGAGAACAUUUCAAGGACCUGGAUCUGUUAGCGGAAGAACGUCUACCGGCAUGACGUCAGACACAUCAACAAACGUUUCUAGUUUUUCUGGCUCUGGAAGUCUUCCUGGUUUCACAUCUCAGUAUGACCCUUCGGGGGCGACAGUCAUUAGUGGAUCGGGCGGUACAUCGUUCUCAUCCGGAGACCCUUCCGGAGUAACCGCACAGUCAGUAUACUCAGCAUCGCAGAGAGGCUCCACUUUAGGCGGCACGGGAGCCACCUCGUACGGUACCUCCGGCUACAGCCAACCCAUAUCGAUACUUCGCAAUUCAGGGCAAUCUUCGGGGUACCAAUCAAAUCACACCCGGGGAUCUCAAGGUGUCUCUUUUCAAUUACCGGAAAACAGUUUUGCUACCCAGCAAAGUUCGUUUUCGAGAGGCGGAAGUGCUUCCGGUCCAUCAGGGCCAAGCGCAUAUUCGGGAUCCAUCCCUUCUACCGGCUACAGCGGUUCAUUUGCUACUGGAACUGGAGGUAGUGUUUCGGGACCAAGCGUACAGGUACCUGGAUCGAUUCCAUCUGGCAGCGGAGGAUCCUUCUCCACCGGACCAAGUGGUGGCAGUAUUUCAGGUUAUCCAAACAGUGGCAUUCAAAUGUCGGGAUCAAUGCCACCAAGUGGUUCGGACCAAUCGUACAUGACUGGGACCGGUGGUAGGAUGUCAGGACGUUCUGGCAGCAUGCCGAUAUCAGGACCCUACCCACCAAGCGGCACUGGUGGAUCGUUCGCCACUGAAACUGGCGGAAUAUCUGGACGUUCGGGUAGUACACAAAUGACAGGGAUGAUGCCGUUUAGUGGAACUGACGGCUCAUAUGUUACUGGAACUGGAGCAAGCUCGGGUCGCUCGGGCAGCAUGGCGAUAUCAGGGGCUUUUCCACCUAGCGGCACUGGAGGAUCGUUCAGUACGGGAACGGGUGGUAGCAUGUCAGGGCGCUCUGGUAGCAUGCCGAUAUCGGGACCCUAUCCACCCAGCGGCACUGGAGGAUCAUUCGGCACUGGAACGGGUGGAAACUUGUCAGGACGCUCAGGUAGCACACAAAUGCCAGGCAUGCUGCCACUAAGUGGAAUGGACGGCUCAUAUGUUACUGGAUCUGGAGCUAGUCUAUCAGGACAAUCGGGCAGCAUGUCAAUGCCAGGGUCACUUCCUGUAACCGGAGCCACAGGCUCCUACGGUACCGGAACCGGUGGAAGCAUCUCAGGUCCAACAAUGAUUAGCACAUAUUACUCCGGAUCCGGAUCGAUCCCAUCUGGUGGCACAGUGGGUUCGUUUGCGGUACCGAGUGGUGGAAGCAUAUCAGCAGUUCCCGCCCGCUAUACUACGCAAUCGUAUCGUAGCAGCCAACAGACCUCGUUCUCCCGUGGCUCUACUUCUCCAACUGGCCUCACUGGAUCAUUCUCGGUGCCUCUGGGAAGCAUGCCACCAGGCAGCAUGACAACGUCGGGGCCAACUUUUCCAGGUGGUUCAUUUGCAGCUAGCAACAUGGGAGGAAGUAUGUCCGGGCCAUCUGGAGGCACCUUUCAAAUGCCUUCAUUUGGAGAGCGUGGUAGUGUACAACAAGAUUUUCGAGCAUCGCUUGGCACAGGACCCAGAGGCUCCAUGCAGUCGGAAGGAAUGCGAAGUUCGGCAGCAGGAUCCGGCAUGUUGCUAGUCCCCGGAAGCUUUUCUCAGCCUGGCGGAAGUAUCUCAGGUGGCACAGGCGGAACGGGGAGAACUAGUAUGGCUCCAAGCAUCGUCUCCCGGCAGUCAACUGUUGCAAGAAAAUCGACUACGUCGCGACCAACUACGCUGCGAUUCUCGGAGUCGACUACUUCCCAGCCCGGCAGUCAGCGCCGCUCAACAACCUCGAAAUCGUCUACAAGGCGCAGCACUUCCAGUAGCCGCCGCAGCAGUAGUCGUGGUCAGGACGAGAAAACUGAAGCGAUCAUCGAGGAAGUUUCCGAAGCUACAGAGACAGAACCAGAUAGACCAUCUUCAGCUGUGGAGGAACAAGUACGCAGCACGCUGACAGGGUUGCAGCUCGCCGAAGACUCUCUCAUAGACGACCCAUGGGUACAAGGCAUUCCCUCCGUAUCGGUGGCUCGUCCCAGUUUACGAGGAAGCCGUGCCUCUUUAGGGACACCAUCAACGGCCCAACCGGAAACAGGUCGACCAUCUGGAAGUGGUGGCUCCCUUUCUGUGGCCCCGGAAGUUGUGAGGCAGUCUACUGUUGCCGAAGCUCGUCUUUCUAGCAUCCCUGAAAACUUGACCACUUCUGAGAGGCGUUCAACUGCUCCAUCGCUAACAGCGACCUCUAUCUCUGCUCCUUCGGGAACAACCAAUGCUCAGCGGCUAUCCAGUGUAUCGGCAGGUACGGCUCGUCCGUCCAGCCUCGGCGAAGCCCGUCCAACAAUGACAUCACAUUUAACGGCGCCCAGCGAACGGCGCUCUACCGCUCCUUCGGCUAAUACAAAUAUUCGGACCAGCAGUAUUUCGGAAGCGCAGCGCAGCACAUUGGAAUCCAAUGCAACUUGUCCGAUGCCUGAAACCCCACCGGCAGACGAACGCGGCUCGGCCACCGGCCGGCCUAUCAACAUGACCCAUCGGGCGUUUUGUCGUCCAGGCCUGUCGCCUUGUGCUGUGGUACCACGAAAGAAAUCAUCGGUGAAAAAGUCUUCGGUUCACGGUGAAAUGCGUGGUUCGCUUCCCCGGGACUCACUGGCACUUAAACGCACCACAACUCUAAAGCACACAACAAUCACAUCUGGCGCCGAAAUUAUUGAUACAGUUGAGGAAGAGGACGAAGAGGUAACCGAGGAAGUCGCACCGGAAUAUUUUCCCGAAAAGAUUUAUCGCGGUGUGAUGAUAUUCGCGUUUGGUGGGUACGAUGGAAUCAGUUUCAACCAGGAAACCUGUCGACAAGUGUUACGGUAUGACCUGGCGUCGGAAACGUGGGAUGUUGUAGGAGAAAUGCCGUGCGUACGGAUAUACCCCGCUGUUGUCACUUAUGGAGACCAUAUUUACAUCAUCGGAGGUGCCAAUGCUGAUUGUUCCAGUAGUAUGAUGUCGCCCGACCGCGGUCCAUCCAACCAAAUGUUCCGAUACACGCCGUCAUCUAAUUCCUGGUUGGAGUGCCCGCCCAUGAAUUAUAAACGCAUGCAUUUAGCUGCCGCCGCCGCGUUUGGGAUGAUCUUGGUUUUCGGUGGGCAAGACGAAUGGGAAAACACACUGAACAGCGUGGAGAUCUUUGACAUUGAUGCAAAUACAUGGAAAACAGGGGCCUCAAUGAGAAUCCCGGUUUACGGUGCAUCCGCAGCGCUUGUAGGAUCGACCAUUCAUCUUUCAGGCGGAAUAACGUGCCCUGAUAUUGUGAAUGGAAAAUACAAUAUCGUGACGCGCGUUCACGCUUAUGAUCCUUAUGCAAACGAAUGGACUGUGCAACAUGCAAUGCCGGUGCGGCGAGCGUUCCACGGCGGUAUCGGCGUCGACGGGCAGCCCCAUGUGGUGGCUGGCGCCGCACCGGGUGUGAAUUACAUCUUAACACGCAGUGAUCCGCCGCAUUUCCUGGCUCAUAAAGAUAUAUUUGCCUACUGCGGCAGUAUUGAUAAGUGGAAGCGGAUGGCUUAUCUCAAGGCUCCGAGAUUUAGUUACGGGAUAGCAGCUGUUGGCUCUACAAUAAUUGUGGCCGGAGGUUACGGUGAAAAAAUUGAUGAAAUGUUAGAUUCAACGGAGCACUACGAUAUUUAUACACAAAUGGUUCGUCCGGGCGGAAAAAUGCUGCUGCAACGAGUUGCUUUUCAAAUGGUGGCGUUCCAUUUCUAUGAGAUAGUGCCCAGUCAGACCUGCCCGGUGGUGUGCCCUACUGUGUGCUUUGAUCCUGAAUUGGGAACGUGUUUGCAGCGCACUGCGGAUGGAUAUGUUCCGUUAUAAAUUUUUAAUGUCAAUCCUUUUAUCUGUUAUGUCCAGCUCGCUUGAUGUCAGAUGUUUUAAAGUUUUAUUGUGUACAGCAUUGUAAUUAAAUGAAACGCCCUCCUAGCUCAGGACGUGUAAUUUGCAUUCGUUUGUCAUUAAUUGCGCAACCUAUGAUCUAUUUAUUAUCACUGUAAUUUAAGUCAGACCUCAUUCGCCGAAGAAGACAAAAGUAAUAAGAGCGCAGUCAGUCAA